AUGGAGUCGAACAACCAUUUCAACUAUGGCAGCCACUCCUCCGUGUCUGCUAACUCAGGACUGAAACUCUCCUCAGGGGAUUCUCUCUAUACUAACGGGUCCUCUAUGAGUUUCCCUCCGCAGGGGAAGAGUGAGUACAGCCCCAUCUAACCACAUUUGCUGUGGUUACUCUCUGCCUCACUAUUUUUACAUCAAUAACUGAUUUAGAUUUCAUCUCUCUCUGCCCCAGUCUCUUGACCCUUUAUAAUGAGCAAAAGAUUGUACGUAACUCUAGACCAGGUGUUUGGUGCAUAAGCAAUCAAUAUCAUGAUCAUACCACAACAAAUGAAUGAUUCCUUGAUGCAUGACCUGUGGAUGCUGUGCGAAUUGAACACACUGAACAAUUAUCUGACCCAUCCUCUCUUACUCUCGUCCCUGACCACCUUUGCAGAUAUGAAUGGCGAAAUGAAUGUGAAUGGCAUCACUACUGUAAUUGGGCCCAGUGUGCCUGGCUCCCACCUUCCAACAGCCUCAUAUCCCCACAUGAGCAACCACCACCAGAGUAGCAUGGGCUACGACUACCUGUGGGGAGGACAGCCACAUUACAGCCCAGCCAUGGGCUCGUCUCCUGGGCAUGGCAUGCACCAGAAACAGCCUCCACCUGGGGGGAUGCAGCAACAGAGCCAGCACCACUUCCAGGGUCACGGACAGUACCAACUGAACGGGGGCAUGCCUGGGUCCCAUCAGCCACCCGUGGCGGCCCCACCAAACGUGACUCUUACAGGGGGCCAGUACUGGAACAGGGGUAACCCGGGGCAACAGCAGAGCAGCGCAGCCAUGGCAAUGGGGUAUAACUCACACGGUGUGUACGGGGCCUACCAGAGCCAGGUACACCCUGGGAUUGCGCCCUCACAGCAUCACCAGCAGCAGCCUCCACAGCCAUCCGCUCACCAACAGACACAGCAGCACCUCCACCCGCACCACCACCCACACCACCACCAGCAACCUCAGCACUACAGCAUGGUGCCCAAUGGGAUGCCCUACUACCAGCCCCAGCAACCACCUCUUCCCGCUCCACAACCCCAGCCCCCGUCCCAGUCCCAGGCUCAGAUGAUGCCCCCUACCUCCCAGAAUUUCACCCCUCCACGGGGCAGCCCACAGCACCACCACAUGGGCCGGGGGGGCACUGGCAGCCCUCUCCCCAUGGGGGUGUCCUCUGUCCCAAUGAUGUCACCCUCGACGAUGGCGGAUAGUGGAUCGCCCCAGAGCCAGACCAGGGAGAGGAGUCCCCAUGGAGGUUCUGUGGGGAUGCCUGCUGUCACGCAA